AUGGAGGCCCUCGCCUCGUCGCACGUUGUGUCGCACACGGCGUCGUCACGCUCUUUGCCGACGACCGUCGCGACGGGCCGCGUGGCGACCUCCAACCUCUCCGUCUCGCGUUCUCUCGCGAAUCAACCCCAUGCUUGCCCACGCGCCGGCCCACCCCGACGCGUCUCCUUCUCCUCCCUCUCGCGCUGCCCCCGCCGCCCCUCCGCCUCGCGCUGCCGCCACGUCGUCCGCAGCCUCAAAGACGCCGCCGCCACCUCCCCCUCCGCCGUCCCCUCUUUGCCCUCCCUGCCCUCCCUGCCGUCCACCCACCCCUUGCCGCCACAAGUCAUCCCCCUGAAGGACCUCCCCGCGUUCGUGGCGCGCAGCCCGCUGCUGCAGCGCGCGGGGCUGGCGCAGGCGGACGUGCAGCGCGACGCCCCCGCGUGGGGCGCGCUGGGGGGCGAGCUGGCGCUGCAGCUGGGGUUCGUGGGGGGGAAGGGGGAGGGGCAGGCGCAACUGGAGGAGGCGCAGCUGCGGCGAAUCUUCCAGUACUACCUGCCCGUGUUCUCGUGGUGCUGGCGCCAGCUGCAGCAACAUCGACGCCAGGCACAGGGCGGCAAGACGGCACCCACUCAGGCGCCGCCCCUCGUGAUCGGCAUCAGCGCCCCCCAGGGGUGUGGCAAGACAACUGUGGUGGAGUCGCUGGAGCACCUCUUUGCCGUCACACAGUGCACGGCAGCCACGGUGUCAAUCGAUGAUUUCUACCUCACCGCACAGCAGCAGGCUGCGCUGCGCGAGGCUCAUCCCGGCAACCGCCUGCUUGAGCUGAGGGGCAACGCCGGCUCACACGACCUCGCUCUGGGCGUCUCCACCCUCUCCGCACUCAAGCAGGCCACAGCACCUGGUGAGCCACCUGGCACCAAGGUCCCUCUUCCACGCUACGACAAGUCGGCCUUUUCAGGGCGGGGCGAUCGCAGUCCGUCAGCGCAGUGGCCGGGGGUGGAGGGGCCGGUGGACGUGGUGCUCUUCGAGGGCUGGAUGCUCGGCUUCCACCCCCUGCCCGCCCACCAGGCUGCUGCCAUCGACCCUCAGCUGGGCGAGGUGAACGGGCGGCUGCAGCAGUACAGCGCGUGGCACGACAUGGUGGACUCGUGGGUCGUCAUCCAGGUGGCAGACGUUGAUUGGGUCUUUGACUGGCGCCUGCAGGCGGAGGUAGCAAUGAGGGCUACAGGCAAGCCCGGCAUGACGGACGAACAGGUGCAUGACUUUGUGACGCGCUACAUCCCGGCCUACAAGGCGUACCUGCCUGCACUCUAUGCCAGCGGACCACAGGGCAGCCGCCCCGACCACACGCUGCGCAUUGACAUCGACCAGGGCCGCAACCCAGUUGGCUAG